GGGUGUGCAGUGAGUAGAGUAGACGAGAGUGGGCGAGGGAAGGGAAGGGAAGGAAGCGGAGACUCGAGAGAGGGACGAGGAAGAGGAACAGGGGAGAGCAGGUCGAGGAUGUCAGACGACAGAAGGCAAGAGGAGAGAGAGAGAGAGAGAGAGAGAGAGAGACGAGAGCGAGGAGGCGGACGAGGAGGAUUGAUCUGUAGACGAUGAUGAGAAGCGCAGGAUAUCGGGCUUGUCUCAGGUGCUGACUGGAAGGGAAAGGACAGGAGAGGACAGGACGACAGGAGCGAAAUUGCUAUGCUGGGCUGUGGUAAUUUCGCUCGAUCGAUGCUGCUGGUUUUAUCGCUUCAAUCGAUCCCUCGUAAUCUCCGCAUACGCGCUGAGUUGUAGAAGGAAAGUCGGGCGUUUCAAACACGCGCACCAUGAACGCCGGUCCUUCAGGAUUUCAGAAUGCAGCAGUGACAAAGGGAGUCGUAAUUAUUUGCGGUGUCGUGUCGCUGCUCGUUGGAACGCAAGGGGGCGCCAGGGCUUGUAGCUUAUCUUAUCAGGCUAUCUUUCGAAAGCUCCAACUGUGGCGCCUCAUAACAUCAAAUUUCGUUGUUUCUACCUCUCCAGAGCUUAUCUUUGGUCUCUAUCUAAUAUACUUUUUCAGAGUGUUUGAGCGUCAACUCGGCUCCAACAAGUAUAUGGUCUUUGUCCUCUUCUCAACAAUAUUGACAACUCUUCUUGAAGUUAUAGCGUUGGCAGCAAUAAGAGAUCCAACAUCUUCUGGUAUUGCUCUGUCUCCUGGUCCUUACGGUCUUAUAUUUGCUUCCUUUAUUCCAUUCUUCUUCGACAUACCCAUUUCUACAAGAUUCAGGGUGUUUGGUGCCACAUUUUCGGACAAAUCAUUCAUAUAUCUUGCAGGUCUCCAGCUCCUGCUGUCAUCAUGGAAGAGGUCUCUUAUUCCAGGCAUAUGUGGUAUCCUUGCUGGUUUCACAUACCGCUCAAAUGUGUUGCGAUUGCGGAGAAUGAAGUUCCCAGAUAGCCUUGCCUCAGCUACAGCGACGUUGUUUCGACCUCUCCUUUCAAGUGUGGCAAGUUCACCAGCAGUACCUGCUGGCAGGCCAGCCGGGACCAGAGAAGCUGCGAAUCAAACGCAAAUGGGACGUCCAUAUGAGGGUAGGUUUGCUGCCACCGCACCACCUCUUGCCCCCAUGGCACCACCACCACCACCAGAGGAGUCCGUGUCCACACUUGUAGCAAUGGGAUUUGAUCGCAAUUUGGCUGUACAGGCUUUGACACGGUCUCGAAAUGACGUCAUGAUGGCCACAAACUUGUUAUUGGAGUCUCAAACACAUUGAUUUACAAAUUGCGCCAUCAGAAAUCUUAGCUAGCAGGCAAAAGCCAGGCCUGUCUACAUUAUAAUUCGUUCAGCAAAGCUGACAGUAGCGGAAGUUGGCCUUGCUCUUAGAGGCUGUAUAUGUAUGAGUACAUCACAAAGUGAAGACUUCAUCUAGUCUGUUGAGCUGUCUGCGGCAACCUUGAAUCUGUCGUCUUCACUUCUUGCUCAUUAGAAGUUUGCACAGGGUGACUGGUUGUUGGCAGAUGAGUGUUUACCUGAUGAAGGACCUGGUUGAGCUGGUGCCCAGACAUAUUCACCAGGAAUUGUCCACUAGGACAUUGUGCUCGUCUGCCCUGCUCUCUUCAGUACCAUCACCGUCUGACUUGUGUCCAAAUGACAAGGGGAGCGCUGAAGUUGAGUACCAAUGAUCAUGACACGGAUUUCAGCUCAUUUAUUGAGCUUCUGGACUAAGCUCUAAAUACGGCACUAGCCUGUACAUGAUAGAGACUAUGAGCUGAAGUCGCCCUCAGCCGAAUCUAAUAGCUAAGUUUCAAAUUUCGUAAAGGUCUAGAAGAUCAUGUUCAAUCGGUCUCUUCAUGUGGAAAACUGUCUUCUACAGCAGAAAUGCAAUAUAGUAGCUACAUACUUUGUGAAGAGGUUUGCGGAAAACGACUGAGUUUUUUGUAUGGCUUGGUAAAAAAGGCAGGAGAUGUGAGGGGUCAUACUUGUACUCUUUGUUACCGCAAAGACUCCAAAUACAACUGUUGGAUCUGAAAGCUAUUAUGAGGUUUGUUCAGUACAUCUUCAGAAGAUUACUGACACCUGCUAAAUAACCCUCCCCACUUCAUAUCUGAAAAGUCAUUUAUGAAAGGUGACUCGUGUGCAGAUUACCAAUAAUUUACUAACACUGCCACUAAACAAUACCCAAUAGAAUGUUAGUGUAAGUGUUGAGGAUGGAAGAUAUAGGGCAGUCUGAAAAUCUGUUAACAUUGUCGUACGAGAGAAUCUAUUCAGGAGAAAGGUGCAAAGGGUUCGCCUUCAGUUAACAAGCUGUCCUCACCUUCAAGUAGGACUGCGGAGGUUGAGUCUGCAGUUCAUGGACACAACCUUCCGUGAGUUACGGACGUAUCCAUCACAGAUUAACUCGAGGCCCAAAAGAAUCUUUUGCUGCAGCACGGUUGCGUGCUGUGCUAGUACACUUCUAUGUCAGUUAGAUUGUUCCGCUUGUACUCCACACGUCUGAGUCGGCGGAAGUUUGUGAGUAGUUUCUCUUAUACAAACACUUUGCUGAGCUGCCUGCAUCCGACGAAUUGUUCACCUUUUCUCCUGGUACAGACUUGAUGAAAGUUUGGAACGCCAUGUGAAUCGUGUCAGAUACGUGCAUCUGAUCCUUGCCGGAUAAUACUAACCAAUACAUUCAUGUGUCGCCUACGUGUAUUUUGCUCUCUUGGCAUGCAUGCCAUUAAGAAAAUACGUGCAUGCCUCUAACUAUAGGGCCAGUAGAUUUGGAGGAAGGGACAUGUAUGCCUGACGCUUGCUCAACCGACUAA